CUCCCCCCCCCUCCGCUUCCCUCUUUCUUUCUAUCCCCCCCCCCAACACCUCGGCCAUGGAAGUCCUCGAGCUGCCCACGGCGUACCUCAGUGACUUUGAGGUCCUACAGGCCAUCUUGCAAUCUGAGCAGGAGCGCGCCUCCCGCGAGGGCGGUGGCGGCGGCAAGAAGCGCCAGCCGAAGAACCUCAUGCAGGUGGAGGCCGAUGUCAAGGCCCAUCUGCACGACCGCCCGUGUGCACACCAAACCGAGGAGCACAUCGCCGCCUUCCUGGAGGCGGCCAUCCAUUCCGGGCUGACCAAGUCCGAGAAGCUGCAAAUCCUCAACCACCAGCCUCGGUCGCUGGUAGAGCUGCAUGUGCUCCUCCAGGAGGCCGAGGAGCGCUUCUCCGAAGAGCAACUUGGCCAGAUCCUGGCCAUGAUCCAUCAGCACCUGCCGAUCCAGCCGCCCUCGGACGCCGAGGAUGGCGAUGAGGAAGAGGGGGAAUACCCCGCCGAGGAGGGGGACGAGGCCGCCGCCGAGGGCGACGCCAUGGACGAAGACGAGGAUGCCACCGCCGGGCAGGACGCCCACUACGAUGGCGAGGAGUACAUGGCCGAUGCCACGGACGACAUCAUGUUCGACACCUCCAAGUACCAGAACGACGAGGAUGACCUCGCCGACGGCGGCGACGACAACGAGUGAGGAAGUGCGGGGACACUCUCGCCCGCCGCCGCCGCCGCCGCCCUCCGUGGGGGCUUGCCUUUUUCAAUAUACCUAGAAAUGAAAGCACCAGAGG